GACUACGGAGCGUCGUGAGCUUUGGUGGAGUGCUUCCCCUUGGGGUGACGACCGGUUCGCUCGGUGCAGGGGCCCCGCCCCUCCUCCGGCGCCGGAGGUGACCGAGGCUCCCAUCGCUGUCCGAGGGCGACAGCCUUCCGUGGGUUCCCGCAGGCUGCGGCGCGGACUGCGGAAGUAGCAGGAGACCGUCCUUCUGCUGUGGGAGCGAUGGCCGUGGGGAAGCCCCAGCCCCUGCCGGGCACUGGAGGACCGUGCGAGACGCGGCGGCUGCCUGCUGAGGGACGCUGCGCGCCCGGCCGCUACCUGAGGUGAGCGCCGCGGCCCACUGGAGCCGUGUGGGCGGCGCCGACGGCUGUGCAGCGCGUGGGCGGAAGGCGCUGGAAGUCUCCGGGCUGCGCCGUGCUCUGUGCGAGCGGAGGUGGACGGGAGCGGCCGUGAGUGGAGCGGUUGCGGAUAACGCGUGGAGCAGCGUGCACAUGGCACUGGCUGCAGUUAGAGAUUGCUUGUUCUUAGGAAAACACGUGCGUAUUAGAGUGGCAAACACAGUCUGCCGAAUGUGCUGAAGAAAGCCCUUAAGUUCUGUUAGUAGUAAAAGUUACUGUAUGAACUUCUAACAUGAUAGGAGCAGCUGUUUCUGUGUAUUUAAUUAAGAAGGCCUUAAGAUUAUUUUUAAGGUAUUAUUCUUAAGAUAUUAUCAAGAAGUAAUACUUCUCUACAUUUGUAGCCUUUCGUAGUGAAGACUACUUCUCUAUAAUUUUCUGUGUCAUGUUCAGAGAUGUACUUCAAGGUUUUACUCCAUGAAGGUAUAAGCAUACGUAUAUGAGCUCCCCUUCAGAUUCCCCAAUUCAUUUGAUUUGGGAGAUUCUAUGAAUUAAAUUCAGUUAGUUAUCUAAUGUGUUGAAUGAGAUCUCCCACAGAAAAUAAAUCUGGCUUUUUAACUGUUUGUCCCAUGCUCAUCUUUAUAAUCAUUUGCACAUGCCUCUUGUAGGAACUUGAGAUGCCACAGCAUAUAAAAAUAAAUACAGGUCACAUAGUUUGAGAGGUAGCUUUUCAAGCUGUCAGUUUCACAGGCCUGUUCAUUGGAAAUAUACUGAGAAAGCAAGGGGGAGAGGGGGAGUUUGUUUUAUAAGGAAAAAAAAAAAGACAUCAAGGAGGCACAAAAGAGGUUACAUGUCCUUCAACACAAUUCUCCAGACAUCUCUUUGUAUCUUCUUUAAGCACAAAGCAGGUAAAUUUUUGCAUAACCUUAUGGAGAAAAAGGACUUUGAAGCAUGGCUUGAUAACAUUUCUAUUACAUUUCUUUCUCUGACGGACUUGCAGAAAAAUGAAACUCUGGAUCACCUGAUUAGCUUGAGUGGAGCAGUCCAGCUCAGGCAUCUCUCCAAUAAUCUAGAGAUUCUUCUCAAGAGGGACUUCCUCAAACUUCUUCCACUGGAACUUAGUUUUUAUCUGUUAAAAUGGCUUGAUCCUCACACCUUACUCACAUGUUGCCUCGUCUCUAAGCAGUGGAAUAAGGUUAUAAGUGCCUGUACAGAGGUGUGGCAAACUGCAUGUAAGAAUUUGGGUUGGCAAAUAGAUGACUCUGUUCAGGAUCCUCUGCAUUGGAAGAAGGUUUACCUAAAGGCUAUUUUAAGGAUGAAGCAACUGAAGGACCAUGAAGCCUUUGAGACAUCCUCUUUAAUUGGACACAGUGCCAGAGUAUAUGCACUUUACUAUAGAGAUGGUCUUCUGUGCACAGGAUCAGAUGACUUGUCUGCAAAACUGUGGGAUGUAAGCACAGGUCAGUGCAUCUAUGGUAUCCAGACACACACUUGUGCUACAGUGAAGUUUGAUGAACAAAAACUUGUAACGGGCUCUUUUGAUAACACAGUAGCCUGUUGGGAAUGGAGCUCUGGGGCAAAGACACAGCAUUUCAGAGGACACACUGGUGCAGUCAGUGGCUCUGCAGACUUCACUGUGAAAGUGUGGGCCUUAUCAACAGGAACGUGCCUGAAUACCCUUACUGGACACACAGAAUGGGUCACUAAGGUAGUUUUGCAGAAGUGCAAAGUCAAAUCUCUUAUGCAUAGUCCUGGGGAUUAUAUUCUUUUAAGUGCAGAUAAGUAUGAAAUCAAGAUUUGGCCUAUUGGAAGGGAAAUAAACUGCAAGUGUUUAAAAACACUGUCUGUUUCUGAAGAUCGCAGCAUCUCUCUACAGCCCAGAUUGCACUUUGAUGGUAAAUACAUAGUGUGCAGUUCAGCACUAGGAUUAUACCAGUGGGAUUUUGCCAGCUAUGAUAUUGUCAGGGUUAUCAAGACUUCUGACUUCUCAAAUGUGUCCUUGCUAGGCUUUGGAGAGAUAUUUGCUCUACUGUUUGAUAAUAGAUACCUGUAUAUAAUGGACGUGAGGACAGAAGAACUGAUAAGCCGCUGGCCUCUACCAGAGUAUAGAAAAUCAAAGAGAGGGUCAAGUUUUUUGGCUGGUGAAAUGUCUUGGUUAAAUGGACUAAAUGGUCAAAACGAUACAGGCUUGGUUUUUGCCACCAGUAUGCCAGACCACAGUAUCCAUUUGGUGUUAUGGAAAGAACAUGGCUGAAAAGAUUACAUAUGCAGAAUCUUCAGGAUUAUAUGGACUAUCAGCAAUGUGUCCAUCAAAUGAAACUUUGCAUGAACCAAAGUUGCACAUCUAAUGGUAUCAUCAUGCAAUGCACAAUCACUUGAUUUUAUUUCGGCAUUUGGGAACGGAUUGGUUUUGACAUAAUACAACAGAGCAUGCUAAUAGUAUUCACCAUUAAAUUUCUCUUUACUCAUAUUUAAGCGUACCUGUUUGGGCUCUGAUGCAUAGCUUGUGAAGUUAAAACUAUUCAGAUCCACCAUUAAGUCUAAAAUGAAAUAGUGCUUGACCUCAUUUCUGCCCUUUUUUUUUUUUGUUGUUGUUGUUGCUGAAACAGAAGGUGGAGCUACUGUUUUAGAAUAGGCUUUUGUGCUUUUGUGCGUGUAACACCAAGUACUGGUUACAGUGCAUGGCUCCUUGUUCAACUUGAAUGAGAACAUAGUAGAUCUUUUCUCUCCCCAGUAAUGACUUUCUAAAAAGUUCUUUUCUUUAUGAAAGCUUUAAAUACUUAACCUUUGAAACUGAGUAAUCAACAGAGUUAUUUAAAUAGAAUCGGAUGCUAACAAUAAUAAUUUGUUUAAACUCAGGAAUGUGCCAAUAUAGGCUCUCCUCAGUCAGAGUGAACCUACUUUUCAUCUAUCUGAUAGAGCUUGCCAAAGCAAUUAAUCUUAGAGGUCCUCUGACAGUAUUUUGUCAUAUUUGCUGAUGGUUAUCUCACUCAGAAUGGUUUGAUCAGUAUUUUUAUAGUCCACAUUUCUGAUUAUGUGGGAAUGCAAAUUAGUUCUCAGGUAGAUAGAAAUGAAAUGAAUUGGGUGAUGUUCAACCCCUACAGCAAGAAUAAUUACAUUAAAUGAUGCCUACCAGCCAUACACUUUUUCCAAAAAGUUAAAGUUAUUUUAAGUGCAUUAUUAUAUUAAUUGCUACGUCUACAUUUGAAAAACAGGCAAAUGUGAAUGGCACAUCAUUAGAAUAAAGAAUAAAAAAUAAAAUCAAAAAUUUGAAAAAAAGAUGAGUAGGAAAACAUCUUUUAUUUUCAUCAGCUGUAUGAGACCUGAGGUAUAGAUGAAUUAACUAUUGAGUAGCAAUACUCCACAUACUUUUGUGGUGUUCAACAUGUACUUAAAAGAUGUAUCUAUGAAAUCUCAACUCCUAUACUUCAGAAAUACUGAGGGAUUUUGUUUUGCUUUUUCUUUACAAUAAAAUCUCCCCUUCGUCUCUGUUUUUA